GGCUCGGCUCAGCCCAGCCCAGCCCAGCAGGGCUGUGAUGGCGGCUGCCGGCGGCAGCUCGGGUCCGCCCGCGGAGGCACCUGCCGCCGCCGCCGCCGCCGCUGCUACCAUUUCUGCCUCCGCGGCGGAGGCCGGCGCGGUGCUGCAGCGGGAGCCGCUCUACAACUGGCAGGCCACCAAGGGCUCGCUGCGGGAGCGUUUCGCUUUCCUCUUCUCCAACGAGCUCCUCAGCGACGUGCACUUCGUGGUUGGCAAGGGCAGCCCCCGUGGUGGUGGCGGCGGGGCGGCCCCUGGUCCUGGCCAGCAGCGCAUCCCCGCUCAUCGCUUCGUCCUCGCGGCUGGCAGUGCCGUCUUCGACGCGAUGUUUAACGGCGGCAUGGCAACCACCUCGGCCGAGAUCGAACUGCCCGACGUGGAGCCCGCCGCCUUCCUGGCGCUCCUGAGGUUUCUUUAUUCAGAUGAAGUACAAAUUGGUCCAGAAACAGUCAUGACUACUUUAUACACUGCUAAAAAGUACGCAGUCCCAGCCCUGGAAGCACAUUGUGUGGAUUUUCUAACGAAGCACCUCCGAGCAGAUAAUGCCUUUAUGCUGCUUACUCAAGCUCGUUUGUUUGAUGAACCUCAGCUUGCUAGUCUUUGUCUUGACACAAUAGACAAAAGCACUAUGGAUGCCAUAAGUGCAGAAGGCUUUACUGAUAUUGAUAUAGACACAUUAUGUGCAGUUCUAGAAAGGGAUACCCUUAGUAUUCGGGAAAGUAGACUCUUCGGAGCUGUUGUUCGCUGGGCAGAAGCAGAGUGUCAAAGACAGCAACUGCCUGUGACAUUUGGAAACAAACAAAAAGUCCUUGGAAGAGCUCUUUCCUUAAUCCGUUUUCCAUUAAUGACUAUUGAGGAGUUUGCAGCAGGCCCUGCUCAAUCUGGAAUCUUGUCAGAUCGGGAAGUAGUAAAUCUCUUUUUGCAUUUUACUGUCAAUCCUAAACCUAAAGUAGAUUAUAUUGACCGACCAAGAUGUUGCCUUAGAGGAAAAGAAUGCAGCAUUAACAGGUUCCAGCAAGUGGAGAGUCGCUGGGGCUACAGUGGAACAAGUGAUCGGAUUAGGUUCACAGUUAAUAGAAGAAUUUCCAUAGUGGGAUUUGGGUUAUAUGGAUCUAUUCACGGACCCACAGACUAUCAAGUUAAUAUACAGAUUAUUGAUUACGAGAAGAAUCAAACGCUAGGACAAAAUGAUACUGGAUUUAGCUGUGACGGAACAGCCAGCACAUUCAGAGUCAUGUUCAAAGAACCUAUAGAGAUUUUGCCAACAGUUUGCUACACAGCUUGUGCAACAUUGAAAGGUCCCGAUUCCCACUAUGGAACAAAAGGUUUGAAGAAAGUGAUCCAUGAAUCUCCUACUGCUAGCAAAACAUGCUUUGUCUUUUAUAGUUCACCAGGUAACAACAAUGGUACAUCAAUAGAAGAUGGACAGAUACCAGAAAUAAUAUUUUAUACAUAAUUUCAGUGUCAGCUUCAAUGUGUCUGUGUAUUAGUGGACAUCAUCUGGAAGGGUAUCAGUGGACUUGGCAGCAGUUCUGUUCUGUGAAACUACAUGCACAUGUGGGGGCAAAAAACCUAACUUGAGAGGUAUACCAGAAAAGCUACUUUCUCUGCAUUGUUAAUUUGCAGAAUCUAAUUUAAUUUUUCCUCUUAACAAAGCAUCAAAUGGAAUAAUACUAGUGUCUAUUGAAAUACUGGUUUAAGUAGUAUCAUGUGAUUAAUUGCUUUGUAUUUUCACUCUUUUUAUCAUAUAAGUAAAACACAUGUUUUUUUGAACUGGAAAAUCCUUACUCAUUAUGAACUUCUUGUGUGUAUUUUCCAUAACCUGUCCUUAAAAGACAGUAAAACUGCUGCUGUAGUCCCAGUUUACAUUUCUUUCCAAAACGACCUUGUAAUGACCCUAUGGACAUGAACUGCUACAAUAUUUUUUCUGGAAUACAUCAGCCAAGCUGGAUUCAUGUUGCUAUCAUUGUGACUUCUUGGAAGAGCCAUGGAUAUCUCAUGAACUUCAACUGGAAGCCAGUACCUGCAGGUCCACUGAAGAAAUACUAACUCAUAUUUAGCAACAAACAGAUCUUUGCAGAAUCUCUCUUAAUUCAGAAGGGCUGUUUUGGAAUGCAGAGCUGGUUAUAGAAAUAGCCACUGUAUAUACGUAUGUGCCUAAAAGAAAAUUUAUAAUGUGAAAAUAAGAAUAGCAGACUUGUAAUGAUACAAUUUUAUUAUUGGACAUCCUCAUACUAAAACUAUGAACUAAGGAUAAUUUGUAUACAACUAGUUUUACAACUGUAUACACUAAUUUGAUGCAAUAGAUGUAUGCAUAUAGUAUUUGGUGUCUUC